GGAUGGCAAGAGGUGAACUUCAUUAACCCGGCGAACGUCGUAUUCGUGUUCAUGCUCGUCAAGGAGGCGAUCAACGAGUCGAUAGAGAACGAACAGGAGCUGAGGACCAUCGUUCUAACGUGUUUGUACUUGUCUUAUUCGUACAUGGGCAACGAGAUCAGCUAUCCACUGAAGCCGUUCAUCCUGGACGCGGAUCGAGAGCAGUUCUGGGACCGAUGCCUUAACCUCAUCAACAAGCACAGCGAUCGGAUGUUGAGGAUCAACAGCUGUCCUGCAUACUUCACCGAACUCUUCAAUCAGUUGAAAGCGUAUUCCUACGAAUGUUGA